CUUUCUCAUGGCAAAGGUAUUGUUUGUUCUAGUCCUUUCCAUUACUAUGCUUGUUCUUCACAAUGUGAAGGCACAAGUGCCUGCCAUUUACAUAUUAGGAGACUCAACAGCUGAUGUUGGAACCAACAACUUCUUACUGGAAAGCAAGUUCGCGGUUAACUUUCCUCCUAAUGGAGUUGAUUUUCCAUUCUCAAUACCAACUGGAAGGUUCAGUAAUGGCCUUAACAGUGCUGAUUUCCUUGCUAUCUUGAUGGGUCUAAAGAUAAGUCCACCACCUUUUCUUUCUCUGCUGAGCAACGAAAAACUUCUCAGAUUUCAUAGCUUCAUUGGUAUAAACUUUGCUUCUGGAGGAUCUGGCAUUCUUGACAUAACAGGAAAAUCAAUGACGGUGAUGAAACUCGGCAAAGAAAACAUUCCUAAAGGUGUCCCAUUGAGAACCCAAAGGGAUGUUGUUUCACUGGAAGAGCAGGUACAGCAAUUCAAGACUGUCCAUUUCAUUGUUGAAGCUGCAAUGGGUCUGCAAGAAGCUAAAAAAUAUCUCUCAAAGUCCUUAUUCUUCAUCAGCAUUGGUAGCAAUGAUAUCUUUGAAUAUUACCAUUCAAAGACUAGUGUACCUAAGCAAAAAUUCAGAUAUGGGCUUAAUGUGAAGUUCUUGAACUCAUUUUAUAUGCAGGAAUUACUGAAACUUGGAGCAAGGAAGUUCGGCAUUAUAAGCGUUCCACCCAUCGGAUGCUGUCCUUCACAGAGGAUUUUCAAUGGCACUGGAGGUUGCUUGGAAGAGUUGAAUGAGCACGCUCGAGCUUUCCAUUCAUCGACUCACUCCCUAAUGAGCAAACUCAGUUUGGAAUAUCAGGACAUGAAGUAUUCCAUUGGAAAUGCUUAUGAAAUGACAGUAAAUGUUAUCGAGAACCAAUUUGCAUUUGGUUUGAACAAUGUGGUAAGUGCAUGUUGUGGGGGCGGAAAACUGAACGGAGAAGAAAUCUGUAGUCCAACAGCUAAUCUGUGUUCGAAUAGGAGCGAAUAUUUGUUCUGGGAUUUGUAUCACCCUACUCAGAAGGCCUCUCAGUUAGCUGCUUUCACCCUUUUUGGUGGUGAAAAAAGAUUUGUAGCCCCCAUUAACUUUGCUGAGUUAGCCAAGGCUUAAGCAGUCCGGAAGACCCCCACCGCUCCAAUGAUUUGAAUCUUAUGAUCAAUUUUAUUUCUUUUGUUUCAAUGUAAUUCGUGAAAUGCAAUGGAAUAAUCUGGUUUACAUGCUUAAAAGUGUGUUAUUGAAAUAAU